UCUAACCGAACCGACCGGUUCGCGGGUUAAGUGAAAGCUCUAGGGUUUAUGAUUAGCUCAGCCAAGUUUCUUCUUUUCACAGCUUCUUCUGUGCUCGUAGACAGCUUUGAGGUCGACGACUCCAAGUUUGCUCGACAGUUUUGAGCUUUAGGGGUGUUUAAGAUGGCUGGGGGAUCAAAGAUGUCUAAAAGAGCAAGACUUUAUGAAAGUGAAUCAGAAGAGAUGAGCGAGCCUGAUGACAAUCUCGAGGUCGAAGGGGAGAGUGAAGAUGAAGAGUUGUCUGAUGGUGAAGGAGAUAGCAUGGAAGGGAGUGAAGAGGAAGAUGAAGAAGGAGAUAGUGAGGAAAGUGAUGAAGGAGGUGAGAAGGAAGAUGUGGAUGGAGAAAGCGAUGAACUUGAUGAUGGAGAUGACGAAGAAAGCGAGAGUGGCGAUGAAGAGGAUGAUGACAAUAAAGAUGCUGCCAUGGAAGAGCUUGAGAAAGAGUACCAGGAGCUCCGUUCACAGGAACAGGAUAUAUUGAAAAACCUGAAGCGUGAUAAGGGUGAGGAUGCUGCUAAAGGUCAAGCUGUGAAGAACCAGAAGGCUCUUUGGGAUAAAACUUUGGAGUUCAGAUUCUUACUUCAGAAAGCAUUUAGCAGUUCAAACAGAUUGCCACAGGAGACUGUCAAAUCGUCUUUUUGUUCGGAAGAUGAGAAGGUCUCAACAGCAUAUUCAGAGCUAAUUACUUCGUCUAAGAAGACAUUAGAUUCCCUCUUGGAGUUGCAAGAGGCUUUGUUUGAGAAGAAUCCCUCGGUUGACCAACAAGCAAAUGGUACCGAAUCCAUUAAAUCAGAUGCAGAAGAUAGCGAUGAAUGGCACCGAGUAUCUGACAUGCAGAAAAGAAUGUGUGUGUUCCGAAACAAGGCUGUGGACAAAUGGCAAAGAAGAACACAAGUCACAACUGGUGCAGCUGCUAUUAAAGGAAAGCUCCAUGCCUUUAACCAGAACGUUAGUGAGCAGGUUGCUUCUUACAUGAGGGAUCCAAGUAGAAUGAUUAAGCAAAUGCAACAAUCAAGAUCUACUGUUGCUGUUUUUGGAACUGUCCCUGAGGAAACCAUGGAACCAAAACAACCAAAACAAGAGGAAAAACAAGUUGAAGGAGACCCUGAACUUGUGGAGGAUGCAGAAUUCUAUCAACAGUUACUAAAGGAGUUCUUUGAGACCAUCGAUCCAGCUUCCUCAGAGGCGGCUUUCUACGCAAUGAAGAAGUUUCAAACAAAGAAGAGGAAAGUUGUGGAUCGGCGUGCCUCCAAGAGCCGAAAGAUCAGGUAUAAUGUGCACGAGAAGAUAGUCAACUUCAUGGCUCCACGACCUGCCAAGAUUCCUCCAAACACUGCAGAUUUGCUGAAGAAUCUGUUCGGUCUCAAGAACAGAAACGGUCUGUCUGAAGCAUAAAGUUUUAACAAAACCGCAGGAAUAGAUUUGAUUACUUCUUUUUGGUGUGUGCUGUGUUGUUGUAUUACAAUCUUUUGAUAGUGGAAAACUCAUUUAUAUAUCAAACAUCAUUUCAGUUUUCUAAUAA